GUUUAAAACCGUGGCACGACGCGAACAGGAUUUAAAUAUUGCAUCCUGAACAUAGUAAAUAGUGGUAAUAGUAACAUAUUAACAACGAAUCGAGGAGAACAUAAGAGGUCCUGAAACGCUACUGUAGAUUUUGCAACACUUUUAAACGCCCCUCCACGUUCAACGUUGUGAACGCCCUCUCUCGCCGGCCGACUCUUCCUUUGCCAGCAGCACUGAAGAAGCUCCAGUCCAGCUCUGCUCACCGUCAGAUCGCCUGGCUUAGCGGACCAGCUUUGCAGCGAACAUGUCCAAAGACACGGAAGGGAAGAGCGAGAAGAUCAUGGACGUGGAGAACAAGGUGCUGUGGUUCCCGGACUCCAAGAGGGACACGCAGAUGGACAAGUUCCGGAUGCAGGUCAAUGCGGAACAUGGGCUUCACCUGGUCAACUACAACGACUUGUACCAGUGGUCCGUGGACUGCUACCCAGACUUUUGGGCACAUGUGUGGAGCUUCUGUGGCCUCGUCAGCUCCAAAAGAUACGAAGAGGUGGUGGACGUAUCCAAGCGUGUCUCCGACGUUCCCCAGUGGUUCAAAGGCGCCCGGCUCAACUACGCGGAGAACCUGCUGAAACACGGUGACCAGGACAAGGUGGCUCUUUAUGCUGCAACCGAGGCCAACGAGGACAUCGUGAAGGUGACCUUUGGGGAGCUCAGGCGUGACGUGGCGUUGUUUGCCGCCGCCAUGAGGAAGAUGGGCGUCCGGACGGGAGACCGAGUCGUGGGCUACCUGCCCAAUGGCGUCCAUGCAGUGGAGGCCAUGUUGGCGGCCGCCAGCAUCGGCGCCAUCUGGAGCUCCACGUCCGUCGACUUUGGCGUCAACGGCGUUCUUGACAGGUUCUCUCAGAUCCAGCCCAAGCUCAUCUUCUCCGUGGCGGCCGUGGUCUACAACGGCAAAACUCACGAGCACAUGGAGAAGCUCAGCAGCGUGGUCAAAGGUCUUCCCGACCUGCAGAAGGUGGUGGUCAUCCCCUACGCUCGCCCCAAAGCCCAGGUCGACCUCUCCAAGAUGCCCAACAGCGUGUUCCUCGACGACUUCCUGGCGUCCGGGCGAGGGGAUGGCGACCAACCCCCCCAGCUGGAGUUUGAACAGCUUCCUUUCAGCCACCCUCUCUUCAUCAUGUACUCCUCUGGGACCACAGGGGCCCCCAAAUGCAUGGUCCACUCGGCCGGGGGCACGCUGAUCCAGCACCUGAAAGAACACGUCCUCCACGGCAACAUGACCAGCAGCGACGUCAUCAUCUACUACACCACGACGGGCUGGAUGAUGUGGAACUGGCUGGUGUCCGCUCUGGCAGUGGGAGCUUCAGUGGUCCUUUAUGACGGCUCGCCCCUCAUGCCCACCCCGAGCGUGCUUUGGAACCUGACCGACCAGUUGGGCAUCACCGUCUUCGGCACGGGGGCCAAGUGGCUGUCGGUGCUCCAGGAGAGGAACAUGAAACCCGCUGAAUCCCACAACCUGCAGUCGCUUCACACCAUCUUGUCCACCGGCUCGCCUCUCAAGCCUCAGAGCUACGACUACGUGUAUCGCUGCAUCAAGACCGACGUGCUGCUGGGCUCCAUCUCAGGAGGAACAGACAUAGUUUCAUGUUUCAUGGGUCAGAACCCGACAGUUCCGGUGUAUCGGGGCGAGAUCCAGACGAGGAACUUGGGCAUGGCAGUGGAAGCGUGGAACUUUGAAGGUAAGCCUGUGCGGGGAGAGAGUGGCGAGCUGGUCUGCUUGAAGCCCCUUCCCUGCCAGCCCACACACUUCUGGAACGACGACAACGGCAUGAAAUACCACAAAGCCUAUUUCUCCACCUUCCCCGGGGUCUGGGCUCAUGGGGACUACUGUAAGAUCAACCCAAAGACGGGAGGUGUCGUCAUGCUUGGCAGAAGUGACGGGACCCUCAACCCCAACGGAGUCCGCUUUGGCAGCUCGGAGAUCUACAACAUCGUGGAGGCCUUCGAGGACGUGUCGGACAGCCUCUGCGUUCCUCAGUACAGCGCGGACGGCGAGGAGAGGGUCAUUUUGUUCCUCAAGAUGGCGCCCGGGAAGCCCUAUUGUCCCGACCUGGUGGCGAGAGUGAAGGCGGCCAUCAGGAAAGCUCUGUCAGCGCGACAUGUGCCCGCCCUCCUGCUGGAGACCAGAGAUAUCCCCUACACACUCAGCGGGAAGAAGGUGGAGGUGGCGGUCAAGCAGGUGAUCGCCGGCCGGGACGUCAAACAGCGAGGCGCUUUCUCCAACCCCGAGUCCUUAGACCUCUACAAGAACCUGCCGCAGUUGCAGAACUACUGAGGGGCAACGAGGCGCUAACACAGACUGUACAUCCAUCACUCAACCAACUGCCAUACGAGGAGGUGGAGCUACUUGACGGGUACAAGAGGAGGCGUGGUCACCCACAGGCGGAGCAGGGGCCAGACAGUCCUGGCCUGAACAGGUGCCAUUUCACCUAGUCAGCUAAGGCGCUACUUACCAUUAGCAUUUACAUGACUUCAGAUGCCACCCAAAAAACUAAAUAAUUAUUUUAAUUCUUACUUCAGAUGUUUGCUGUACUUAAAAAAAACUAAAACUUCAAAAGUACACACUUUCAGUUAGCGAGGCAAACAGGAAGUUCGCCACGCAAACAGGAAGUUAGCCGCUUAUAAAGUACACCGUUUCAGAAGUAAACAAGGUACGACGUCUUUUAGAAAGCGUUACAACACAGCCGAUAAUAAUAAUGAUGAUAACAAUAAACAUUUCUUUGGCUUUUA